CCUGUCUGUGGCAUGUAAACUCCUCGAAAGACUGGACAGAAAACAGCUUGUUUGCGCUGCUAACGCUCGUUAAUUAUGAGUGAGGAGCUCAGAUCCUCUCUCCGUCUUGUUGUUUCACUCUUUAAUUGCUUGCAUGAGAUAACUCACUGAGUUAGCGUGUAGGCCUACUUAGAUCAAUUGGCGUUGUCUGAAGUGAGAAUUUGAUCGCUAACGUGUCCUAACAUUGUUUGUUUUGGCUACACUCACCUUCCUCCCGGACUUGCCUAGCAAAGUGAGAUAUGGCUGAAAUAAUUGCCGUCAACCCAGGUUUGCCCUCUCCGUCCGCUCUUCCAGCCUCUCUGAACGACGACUACCUGUUUGUGGAGACCAGGCACCCCAACACUGUCCUGCAGGGCCUCAACAGCCUGCGGCUCAACAAUGCCUUCUGUGAUGUGACUCUGUGCUGUGGAGGACAGGAGUUCCCCUGCCAUCGCAUUGUGCUUGCCUCCUUCAGCUCUUACUUCCAGGCGAUGUUUUCCACUGACCUGAUAGAGUCCAAACAGGAGAGAGUUGCCAUCAACGGAGUUGAACCUCAGAUGAUUGGCAUGCUGGUGAGCUACGCCUACACAUCAGAGGUCUACAUCUCUAAAGCAAAUGUGCAGGCCCUGCUGGCAGCAGCCAAUCUGCUGGACGUGAUGGCAGUGCGAGAAGCCUGUUGUCGUUUUAUGGAGCGUCAGAUGGAUGAGAUGAACUGUGUGGGGAUUCACUGCUUUGCCGAGGCCCAUUCUUGUAGCAGGCUGGAGAGCAGCAGCAUGGACUACAUCCUUCAGCACUUCAGCAGUGUUUAUCAGCAGGUGAGGAGCUGAUGGAGCCAAAAAUGU